CUAUCAAUUGAUUCACAGCGCGAGAGCGAGAGAGAGAGGAGAGAGACCUUUUCUGCGAACUCUCGUGUUCUCGGUGCUGGUCUCUCUUUUACCCGUUUCAGGUCAAAGUUCUGAUCUCUCGCUCGAUUCAGAAUUUUUUUUUUUUUUCAUUUGAAGUGGGUCCGUCCUGUUUCUCGAUUCUCUGCCUUCAGUUUCAAUCGAGAGGGAUCCUCUCAGAGUGCAGACCCAAGUUUCAUGACAGGUUUUUCAGGUUGAAUUCAGGCAAUGAUGGGCAGUCAACGGGAAGAAGAAGAAGAUCAGUUUUUUGAUGCCUCUGGUGAGGUUGCUUCAGUUUCUGAUUCCCUUUCAGAUUGCUCCGGUGAUUGCUGUUCUUGUUCUGAAUUUCCUGGUUCUGAUGCUUAUGGACUCGGGUAUGAACUUUGGAUGGAGAUGCCUGAAACUGCUCAUCAACGUCGCAGUAGGUUUAGGAAGUGGAUGGGUUUACGUUCAGAUCAGGAUCAGAUUGAGGAAGGGGAAUCAGGAGAAACGUUACGCGAUGACUUCAAAAUUGAGUUUAAUAGACCUAAUGACGACAACAGGGCUGUGCUGAGAACUAAGAAUUUGGAAGAUCAUUUUUCUCAUACCCCGUCCACUGGAUCUUACUGUUCAAAAGAAGCAGAUUUGUUUGAAGAAGAUGCUCACGAGGGAAGUUUAAUAUCUAAAAUUAAGAAUUUGGAUAGUAGAACAGAGUGUGUCAAUGGAGUCACCAAGAGCGGAAUGCUCAGUGGAUUGCUGGAAGUGGGAUCAAAUAGGGCUGCUAGUAUUGAUGAGCUUCAACGUACUCAUGGGUCAUCUUCUUUGGAUCGGUGGUUGUUGAGGAGGGAUGUUGAGGCAGAUAAGUUGGUGGAUAUGAAAAACAAAAUGAAAAGUGGUUGGUUUAGAACACUAUUUACCAAAGCCCAUGCUGCGGAUAGACAAAGGGAAACAGACUCAGAGAGGAAUUCUCGUUCAGAUGCGAGUGCUAGGCUUAGAAAAGUCCAGGUGCAUACUUAUAGGAAGAAGUUGAAGGAGUUGUCUUCUCUCUAUGAAGGACAAGAAUUUGCUGCACAUGAGGGCUCAAUCUUGACUAUGAAGUUUAGUCCUGAUGGUCAGUACCUUGCAAGUGCAGGUGAAGAUGGCAUUGUACGUGUGUGGAAGGUGAUUGAGCAUGAGAAACCAAGCAAGGUAGACAUUCAACAUACUGAUUCAUCGUCUUUAUAUUUCUCAACGGAUCAUCAUUCCAAAUUAGGCCCUCUUGGCGUGAAUAAAGGCAAAAUUGGGAAAAUAAAAAAUUUGAGGAAGUCUUCUGAAUCUUCUUGUGUUAUUUUCCCACCGAAGGUAUUUUGGAUUAUAGAGAAACCCCUCCAUGAGUUCCAUGGACACAGUGGCGACGUCUUGUCUCUUGCAUGGUCAAAUAAUGGGUAUCUGCUGUCAUCCUCUGUUGAUAAAACAGUUCGCCUGUGGCAAGUAGGACAUGAACGGUGCCUUGGAGUUUUCUUUCAUAAUAACUAUGUGACCUGUGUGGAAUUCAAUCCUGUGGAUGACACAUAUUUCAUUAGUGGAUCAAUAGACGGGAAAGUACGCAUUUGGGAAGUGCGUGGUUGUCGAGUUGUUGAUUGGAUUGAUAUAAGAGAUAUUGUGACUGCUGUUUGCUAUUACCCUAAUGGGAAGGGAGGAAUUGUGGGCUCAAUGGAUGGAAGUUGCCGUUUUUAUGACAUCAUAGAUAAUCGGUUGCAGCAGUUGGAUGCUCAAAUAUCUCUACAAGGGAAAAAGAAGUUACCCUUGAAGAGGAUAACCGGCUUUCAGUUCUCACCAAGUGAUCCAAGCAAAGUUCUGGUCACUUCUGCUGAUUCCCAAGUAAGAGUACUUUGCGGGCUCGAUGUAGUCUUCAAAUUCAAGGGUCGCCGAAUUUCGGGAAGUCAGAUUGGCGUUGCUGCAUCUUUCACAGGGGACGGCAAACACGUUGUCUCAGCAAGCGACGGUGCCAACGUCUGCAUCUGGGACUCCAGCAGACCCGACAGGGCUUCCAAACCAAAGACGAUCUCUUCUUGUGAGAGUUUCAUUUCUCACAACGCAUCCAUUGCCAUUCCUUGGUGGGGUAUGAAAACCACACCUGGAUCGCCCUCGACCACCCCAUCCACGGGGGAUGAGGAUGGCCUAGCAGUCUGUGUCUGUAUCCCGGGGAAUGAGCCUUGUGACAGGGACUCGCUCGACAGCUUGACUUCGUCCCCGGCUCACAACUGUUUCUCUUUGACGAAGGGAACCGCAACUUGGCCGGAGGAGAAUCUGCCGAAUUCAAGUCCAGUGAGGGCUUCACCGGCAGUGUCUAAAUCUGAGCAUAAUAAGCUUUUGAAGAGUGGUGGUGGAGGCCAACACCCACACAUUUCGUGGCAUCUCUGGGGUCUUGUGAUUGUAACGGCAGGCUGGGACGGGCGGAUUAGAACUUACCACAAUUAUGGAUUGCCAAUCCGCCUUUGAAGAUCAAAGGCCUCAGCAGUCAAUUGGGGCUUUACAAUUUUGACGGCAGCAAUUGCCGCUGCCGUAAUAAGAGUAGAUUUAUAGGUUUCUUAGCUUGUAUAGUUUAAUACAGAAGAAAACUAACAUAAAGGUUAUUACAAGUUAUAAGUAUUUACUAUUUAGAUAAGGAAAAAGAAAAGUGUAUUAUAUCCAAAAUUAUAUAGUGGGCAAGUGCCAAAUAUAUUGUGUAAUGAAUUUCAAUACUCUGAUAAUUGCUAUAUAAUUCUUUGAUUUGAUUAGAUUAUUGACA